AGCUCGUGUUCUUGUCCUUGGAUCCCACGCUGGUGCAUGCUGUCACACAGAAAUGGCUGAGGAAUAUCAGAGCCGGCUGCAGAAUGGGGUGGAUGCUAUGGUGAAGAGCCUGGAGAGGGAGAAUAUCCGGAAAAUGCAGGUGAAGAUGUUCCGGUGUAGUGCACAGUGCUGUGAUAAUGAAAAGGCCUCCAUGCAGCAGGUACACACCUGCAUUGAACGCUGCCAUGCCCCCCUUGCACAAGCUCAGAGUCUGGUCACCAGCGAGCUGGAGAGGUUUCAGGAUCGCCUGGGCCGCUGUACAAUGCACUGCAACGACAAAGCAAAGGAUUCCCUUGAUUCUGGAAGUAAAGCAUUGCAAGCAAGAGCUCAGUUGGAGAGCUGCGUGAUGAAGUGUGCAGAAGAUCACAUGAACCUCAUCCCUAGUAUGACCAAGAAGCUAAAGGAUGCUUUGGUUGAGGCUGACAAAAAGACCACGGAAUGAUAUAAUGAAACGUAACCCUUGCUGCGUUCUGUAGCAGGCUCUGGGCCUCAGCGUUGACCCUGCCGAUGAGUUCAGACAAAAUGACACGGGCUGUUACAGUCUUUGCUUUAGGAGAAUGUGUGCAGUUCAGAGUCCAUCAGUGGUGAUGUCUCAUGGUCUGCCUCCAUUUGGCAAAUCCCAAAUUUUAUCUAUGAUAGAAUAUAUAAAAUUUCAGAAGUCAUUUAUGGUGAAGAAGUGCAGAGACAUUACGCCUGCAGCAGACGUCAUAUUGACUGUGAUGGCAGUGAGGUCUUACAUAGGUCACAAUGAAAGAUCCUUCUGCUUUUAUCAUUUAUGUAAGAAAAGAAAAUGGAAUCUUUCCAGUCCAAUUCAUUGAUAAUUGAUCUUUUUUUUUUUUUAAAUCCUUUCUACCAUUACCAGCUGUCAUCUGAGAAAUAUAGCACAUUUUGAAUGACGGUUUUGAAUUUUUCUCUUGAGCUUGGCAAUUAAUCAAAUUCAUUUGACUAUUCUGCCAUUCAGGUGCCGCGUGAAUCUGUUCUUGCACAGAAUGGUUAAAUUGAUUUCAUUUAGCAAAGAGGGAGAUGUGCCACAGAGCACUCUGCCCACACACACACUGAUCUACAGCCUUCUCUGUACAAACGCUGAAAGCUGUCAAUCAUCCUGUGUAGGCGGAGACAUCAGGACUCUCACUGUCCCUCCUAGGAGUCCUGUCCGCAUUUUUAUAUAUGGAUCACAGAGCUUCUCUCCUUCUUUCAUAUCCUGCUCUCACACUGGGCAGCAGAAAUCACUUAACACUUUCGCAUCUUGCAUUUACAUUCUUGCUCAGAACCAUCUCGCUAGCGCCACCUUCUGGAAUUGGCUCCCUAUGAGUAAAAGUCUAACAUUUUAGCAAUCCUUGGGACAUGUCAGGGAACAAUAGCCAAGCCAAAUAUCCAUCCGUAGACGGCUGUUUCAGGGUGUUUGUGCCCCUCAUCAGUACGUAGCAGGAUUAUGGGUGCCUUGGAUGCAGCUUAGGUGGGGGUAUGUUUUGGGUAGAAGUGUUCUUUAUCCUGUUUUGGACACUUUAUUGAACCCCAUGCUUUUACAUAAAUGAAGCAUGCACAGUCAUUUUGAAAGCACGUCUGUCAUGUCACCUAAAAAGUGGUCCCCUACUUUUACUGUAUUUGGCUUCGAUGCAUAUGCACAUUGCAGUGUGAAGCAGCCUGAUCUAUUCAUUGCAGCCUUCGUCCUCCCUCCACCAGUUGUGAUGGCUGUGUCUUCAUUAGAAGUAUUCUCAACUGGGCGUCAGGACAAGGAGGCGCGCACUAAAUAUAUAUUGGACUCCCUCUUCUGCUCUGUGUCAGAUUACUGAACGUUUUUCAGUUUCUUUUACUAAUAAGACAAGAAAAUUAAGAUUAAAAGAAGUCUGAAAUCAAUAGAGCUUAUUCAAGGAAUGGCCUUUAGGUCGUGCACAUAUGGUGUUAAAAAGAAUCCAUUCCAGUAGGUGUGUCUUUUGCACCAUGGUUUUCUUCAUGUAUUAAGAGUAUGGGGCAGUCCAUUUAUUGGGGACCCCAACGAACUUGAGGCCCUCCCUGACCACAUACUGUGGUCCAUGUAGUAACACUCGUACACAGCCUCCUCGUAUUCCAGGAGUACAUCAUACUAUUAGUAUAUUACCAUCUACAUACAUACCUACCCACCAACACUCAUCUGGCAACAUGACACUUAGACAGGAUAGCUUGGGGCAGAGUGUUGAUCCACGGCAAAGGCAGUAUUGAAGCGCUAACCACGAGGCCUCCCUACUCAAACCCAAUGGUCAUCGUAUCCCAAACAGAACCUGGAUUUGUCACCAAAGAUGAUUGUCACCGAUUCAGUAAAUAGCAGUCCAGGUUUCUAAUUUAUGAUGCCAAAGCAAAUGAAGGCGAUAGUGGCUGUCUCUCAAGAGCAGGACACAUAAUGGGUGCUGUGAUACCAUAUUUCCUUCUGCCAAACACCUGGAAAUGGUCCAGGCAGAGACAGGGGUGUGUAAUGAAGGUGCCCCCUGUGUCUAGAUGGUGCAUAAUAAAGCUUUUUGAGAUGCUCGUGAUUGUUGGCAUUUGAGCCUCUCUACUGGUGGUCUGCCCGAGCUGGCCGGACCCUGUUUGCCAUGUGUGUGCAUACCCUUAUGUGACCCCUGCUCCUAAUACUUCCUAAGCUAGGUCAGAACGUUGAAAUGACCAUCCUGCUUCUCUCCAUGU